AUGAGCAUGAACACGCCGACAUACGGAGUCACUCCUCCAAUCUCACUAGCAAAUCCCACUCCAAAGGAUAAUGAACUCAACGAUCUUCUUAUCAAGGAGUUGAAACUUCGAGGUUCGUUUGAAUCAGAGGCAGCAACACGUAAAAGAGUUAAAGUACUCAACACUUUGCAAAAACUCACAGAGACAUUUGUCUACAAUGUGUCACGAAGUAAAAACAUGUCUGAAGCCAUGGCUCGAGACGCAGGUGGGAAACUAUUUACUUUCGGCUCCUAUAGGUUGGGAGUAUAUGGUCCAUCCUCAGAUAUUGAUGCUUUGGUGGUAUUUCCACGAUAUAUCACACGUGAAGAUUUUUUCACAGAGUUUGAGAAAUUGUUAAGAGAAAGACCAGAACUAGAAGAAAUCAAUAGUGUUCGAGAGGCAUUUGUUCCGAUUAUCAAAUUGGAAUUUGACGGAAUCUCGAUUGAUUUGAUCUUUGCCAAAUUGGAUAUCCCAAGGAUUCCCAAGGACUUGACAUUAACCGAUAAAAAUUUGCUCAAAAAUAUUGACGAAAAAGAUUUGCGUGCUCUAAAUGGUACAAGAGUUACAGAUGAAAUUUUGAAUUUGGUUCCUAAACCAACAGUGUUCAAGCAUGCUUUGAGGUUUAUCAAGAUGUGGGCUCAGCAACGUGCCAUAUACGCCAACGUAUAUGGCUUCCCGGGUGGUGUUGCUUGGGCAAUGCUCGUGGCAAGGAUAUGUCAACUAUACCCAAAUGCUGUGAGCUCAUACAUUGUUGAGAAAUUCUUUCAAAUAUAUUCCCAAUGGAGCUGGCCACAACCAGUGCUCUUGAAACAAAUCGAAGAUGGUCCUUUGCAGGUGCGAGUAUGGAACCCCAAAUUGUACUCUUUAGAUCGCCAGCACCGAAUGCCAGUUAUCACGCCUGCAUAUCCAUCAAUGUGUGCAACGCAUAACAUCACCGCUUCAACUCAAAAAAUUAUUCUCGAUGAGUUCCAACGUGGUACUACGAUAAUGCAUGGCAUCUUGGACGGAACAAAGAACUGGCUGGAUUUGCUACAACGUCAUGAUUUCUUCCAUCGAUAUAAAUUCUAUUUGUGUGUAGUUGCAGCCACCAAAUCAACAUACGAAGAGCACCUCAAGUAUAGUGGAAUGUUUGAAAGUAAAUUGAGAUUGUUGGUUCAAAAAUUGGAAAUGGUGCCUGGAGUCGAGUUAGCCCACCCAUAUGUAAAGUCAUUUGAGAAUGGAUACUACUGUGACUCUGAGGAUCAAGUAUUGAACUUGAUUAAUACGUAUGGAACGUUGAAAGGAGAGGAGCUUGCUUCACUGUUGAAAUCAAGCAAGGAGAAGUCUGAAAGUUCCAAUAAUACCACUAAUCAGCAGGAUAAUAAUGCCAGUACUAAUAUUAAUGGAGACAAUGAAAACCUUAACCAAGGCAACACCAACAGCGAUACCACCAAUGAUGCCAAAAUUGAGGUUAACUUAACAAAACUAUACAUCGGACUCAAGCUCUCGCUUCAAAAGGAAGGCGAAAAGACACUCGACAUACAACACCCGUGUGCCGAGUUUUUCAACAUUUGCAAGAGUUGGCCAGAAUACGAAGUGGGUAAGCAUUUUGUCCAAAUCAAGAAUGUCAAACUUUACGACUUGCUGAAUGAUGUAUAUGUUGAAGGCGAAACCAGACCCAAAAAAACUGUGAAACGCAAGAGAUUAGUGGCAAAAGAUGACAGUAAAAAAAAGGCAAAGAGCGUUGAGGCCAACGGUACCGCAUAA